AUAAAGGGAGCGGGCACCACGUGACUUCCUUUCCCUCGAAGCUGAAAAAAUGGACGCCAGCCGCGUGCAGCCCAUCAAGCUCGCUAGAGUUACUAAAGUCCUCGGUAGGACCGGUUCUCAGGGCCAGUGUACGCAGGUGCGUGUUGAGUUCAUGGAUGACAGCAACAGAUCCAUCAUCAGGAACGUGAAGGGCCCAGUGAGAGAGGGUGAUGUCCUGACACUUUUGGAGUCUGAAAGAGAAGCAAGAAGGCUUCGCUAGUGUGCAUCUGUGAAGAACUGCAGUGAUGUUUUCAGUCACAGGAGCAAGUUAACACCAGCCUUGCCAUCAGCUCUGAUUUCAGAUGUAUGCAGACUGAAAUAAAAUGAGAGAUUUGA